CGAAAGUGAUGACGUUUUUAUCACCAUUUGUCAAAAUAAAGUAACCUUACUACUUUUUAAUGUUUCACAGAAUAUACAUGGCAAUAUACCAUGUAAUGAAAAGUCUGUGUAUUCAGCUCCAACAUGGUUGACUCGGUAUCUCAGUAGUGCUGCAGUACAUUCCAGUAAAUGAAGCAUGAAUAGUUAGUAACUUGUUAACUGCUACUGUGGCUUCCUGCUGUCAACUUCCGACUUUGUCUUCCAAAUCCUGACCUCCUGAUAACUAGUUUCAACUGUUUAGUCGUCAAAGUAUAGCGAUGGUGUACCGCAAUCGGAAGAAGGACGAUGGCUGCUGCAGUCUCACUUUCCUUAGAUACGUCUUGUUUGUCUUCAACAUCAUGUUUUGGAUUACAGGGGUAGCGUUUCUGUCUGUUGGAGUGUGGACAAUGAUGGUGAAGCACAAGUAUGUGAGUCUGCUAGGUAACAGCACAUACCCAGCCACAACUAUCCUGUUCAUCGUCACUGGGGUGUUCAUCAUCUUGGUUGGUGCACUCGGCUGUCUGGGAGCUCUGAGGAACAUCCGCUGCUGCUUAGUGAUGUAUGCGUUUCUUCUGCUGAUGAUAUUUCUGUUGGAAGCCAUUGCUGGCGUGCUGGCAUACAUGUAUGAAGGAUCAAUAAAAGAAGAAUUAACUCGGAAUCUUAACAAAACGAUUAUUGAAAACUACAAUUUUGAUAGCACGAUCAGCGAUGCUGUGGAUAACCUGCAGAAACAAUUCCACUGCUGUGGUGCGGAGUCUUACCGUGACUGGCGCUGGUCGCGGUGGCUGAAGCUCGACCAGAUCACGAAGAACAAGGCUCCCGACAGCUGCUGUAUCUCGCCUGCUGAGAAAUGUGCUGUUAGCAUCUCCGCCUCCAAUAUUUACCACACGGGGUGUUCUCCACAGCUGGAGCGGUUCAUUAAGAGACACCUGAUAGUCAUAGGUGGGAUUGGACUGGGUCUUUGUUGUAUACAGGUCUUUGGUAUUAUAUUUGCCUGCUGUCUUGCUCGGAAGAUCAAAGAGAUAACAGAGUCUUAUUGAUCAGAACACGUUUUGUGUCAACAACUCUUCCAUUCCGUAAAAUUCUCAAAACAUGGUCCAUUCUAUCAACAGAUUUUUAUGUACUCAUGGAAAAAAGUUUCUGUGCACCAAAUGAGUGUAUACAGAAUUGCAUUUACUUGAAACCUGGUAAUGUAAAUUACAGAAAAUGAUUGUGUAACCAUUCCCUUUAAUAUUCCAAAGAUUUUCUAUUAGUUGCUCCUGCUAUUCAUGUUUUAUGUGCACAGCUUGCCUAAUGCACAUAUCGAGUCACAUACUCCUGUUUGGUGUCAUUUUUCUUAUCCGCAAAAUGAUUGUGUGGCUUCUCAUCACUCAGAAAAACACUUUUGUUGGUAUAUGAAUGUCAUCAGUGUGAUGUCACACCUCUCCCGGGAAAAUGAAUGUCUUCGAACAAUUGGCAUGCUUGAAGUUGGAAUGGGCCAAAACAUUGUGGCUAGACAUGAUGUUUAUUACUAUUCAUCAGAACACCAUACAAUGUCAGAGUUCUUGUCAGACGGAAUUUUUUGGGUGUGGUGCUAUGGAAUUGAAUGCAACUACAGCCAACAGAAGGUAUGGGAGGCCUCCACCAGAAAGAAAACGGGUUAAGUUUAGGGUUAGGGUUGCGAAAAAUCAUACAGUAAUGAUAAGAGUAAUUAAUUUUGUCAAAAGGUUAACUUAAAAAAAUAUAAUCUGCUAAUAAAUUUGGAUAUGGUGCCAUACCCGUUUUACCCUCUAGCAGAAACUGUCUGCGGAGAUGUUAUUAACAGUUGGGAGUAUUAGAGAUUUUCUGUAUUUUUGGACCCUACAUGUGACAUCAUGUUUGCAAAACGUCUAUAUCAGGCUUGUACACCUAAAAAAUCCUUUAGAAACGACAAGCCUGACGUUCUGAAACAUCCCCGACUCAAAGCCAAUUGGUGAAAGAACCGUACGCAUCUGGUUACAUCAUAAAAUAUGACCACAACUGUUCAACAAUACCUAGUCCUGUUACAACAUCAAUGACAUCGCACCAAGCAUCGUGUACACUACACUUUAGGUUCGGAAGUCAAGACUCGACCACCAUACUUUUAACAGAGAAAUAAUGCAUGUAUGGCAAACAAAAGGUUUGAUCAAGUUAAAAAUGUAAGUAUUACUGAGAUGUUAAUGAUGCACAGGAACUUUUUUCCAUGAGUAUAUGAUGAUGUUUUAACUUGCGCACAGGAUUUGACCAAUUUUUUUAGUGGCCAGACUCUGGCAUAUUUGUUGUCUUAAGAUUCUGUCCUAUUCAGAAUUGUAAUGAAAAGAAGUAACUGUAAAAUAGAAUAUUCUGAAAUAUUAAGUAAAAACUGGAACUUGCAUGGUGUGUAAUUAUGGUUUUAAGACUAAACAAAGUUGUCAACAAAUAGAUAGGAUGGGACCAGUAUUUUAAUAUACGAACCAAUGGAAUUAAUUUCGACAACCAGUUAACAGUUUUAGUUUGGGAGAUGAGGGCAGUCUUGUGAUUGUUAAACUGAAUAGUUUUUCGUGGUAGUAUGCUAAAAUCAAAUGGACCAGUAUAUUGUUAUGCAAGCUUGUAAUAAUAUUUUUUAAGAAACUGAACCAACAUUAUAUAUUUGUAAAUAUGCUCAACAUAAAAAAAAUGUACAUGUAAUGAUAGUUUGUUUAUUUCAUCAACCUACAAAUGUCACAAAACUCCAUGGAUGACAUUUGGGGUUAAGAUAAAUGUACUACUACAAAGCAGCAAUGUGACCUCAUAAUGAUUAUCAAAACUACUACCCUCAAAACCAAAUUCAGUCCUUAGUUGUGUCACAGUGGGUCGCGUCACUGGCCAGUCUGCCCAGAUAGACUAGUGUAUUCUCUCAGUAAAGUUUUUUAGUAUGGGCAGUGAUGUCCAGCUGAUGAACAAACCUGGUAAUGGUGUUUGAUUGAAACCAGUUUUGGAGGGUUGUUGUUUGAAUAUAUCAGUCUUCUGCAUCUGAUGUAACUUGUGGCCUACCACAUUGGUCGUGGGUGGAUGCAGUGACUUUUAGUCGACAGACAAUUCUGUGUAUAAUUGGUUGUGUAAUACCAUAUCUGGCAACAUCACUGAUACCGAUGCCUGCUUGAAAGCAUUCCAGGUGUGUUCUCAUGGUCAUUCGGGGUAAAGCAUGGCAUGGAUGUUAUUUGGGUUUUUUAAAUUAGUAUUGGACACAUUAGCAUUCAGAGAAAACACUGAGCUUGUGUCUGAAAACAUUCCCAAUACAUAUGUGGAAAUCAUGCAUGUUCUGCCCCUGAUACAUUAACAUCACCAAUAGAAUUCUGACACAGCAUGCACUUGUAAUAUGUGUUGUAGUGGGGCAUAUGCAUUCAGAGGUGUUCUAGAGCAUUGAAAUACAACAUGUGGAUAUACAGUUUUCUAAUAUGUAUACAUGUACAUUCAUUUUUUGUUGAGCAUAGGUUAUUUUUUUUUUUUUUUCAAGUUUUCAAUGCACAAAUCAAACUUUUGUACAUUAUAAUAAUUAGCCAAAGUGUUGUAUUAUAGUAUAAGAUUGUGUUAAAUUUUAAACAGAUGUUUGUGAUAGCAGUUACUUGAGAAAUAUGUUGAUUCCUGUAUCCCAGUUUUCCUUUAUCUAAAUCAGGGUAAUUUUAUUUGUAUUAUUUAUUGAUUCCUGUCUCCAUCAUGAUACCAAAGAUUAUACAAAUGGAUUAAUCAGAAACUGAAAGCUUCAAGAAAUGUGUACUAUGAACUAUGAAGGUGGUAGUUUCAGCAUUUUGAUUUUGAAAUGCAUGUGUUUUAGUAAUAAUCCAUCUUAAAAUACACAUAACUCCUAAUAGACUUCCUUAUCUUCCAAAUCUUAUAUAUUUAAUGUUUUCUUCCACAUAACCUCCCCCCUCCCACCCACCACAAACCCUUUCCUGUCCUGCAUGGAGGAUCCCGCAUGGGCCGACACCUGCACCCAUGACAGGCAUGCGCUACAACAGUUUGCUCUGAAUGUGCAUGUUAAGCCCUAUGACCUGACCUGAUCACAUAACCUUUCAAAGUUUCCAGAAGCAUAGCAUAGGAUAAUAAAUCAUGUCGAAAGGAAUGAAAAACCCCCACUGAUGACCAAACAUUGCUGCCUCUUCCAUAAGAAAACUUGGAUUUAUAUAUUCAGAUAUCAGUUACACAUUUCUUUGUGAUAAUUUCUGAUGAAUCAUAUUUCAGUUUUUAUUAUUUAUUAAGGUAUUUAAUCAUGUACUUAAUAACCCGUUUAUUCAGCUGAGCAGUAAGGCUUGUGUUGUACUACAAAGUACAUGUAUUAAUGGUAAUAGUAACAUAGUUUUAUUGUGAAUGUCAUUGUUCCCCGUUAUUCACAUGUGGUGAUCUAAAUAUCAUUUAUAAUUAAUUUUAAGAGGCAAAUUUCCUACUGUUAACAUGUGGUGUUUUAAAUAUUAUUUAAUAAUGAAUUUUAAGAGGCAAAUUACAGUUGUAAUGAAAAGUUAUACUACAUGAAUAAUAAUGUUUGAUUUUAUUAAGUUUUUACGUACAUAUAUGUAGUUUUGAGGAUUUUGCACAAGAUUAGUAACUUUUCACUUGCAUUAUAGAUUAAUUAUAUACAUCAUUAUGUAUCACAACUAUUUUGUAUAGUGAACAUCAGAUCCAGGAUUUUUAAUGGGAGUAGAAGUUAAAACUUUGUUUGGUUUAACAACACCACUAGAGCAUAUUGAUUUGUUAAUCAGCUAUUGAAUAUUAAACAUGGUAAUUUUGACAUAUAGUCCUAAGAGGAAACACGCUACAUUUUCCCGUUAGUAGCUAGGGAUCUUUUAUAUGCACCUUCUCCCACACAGGAUAGCACAUACCACAGUUUUUGAUAUUAAAGUGUUGUGCACUUGGUGGAAAGAAAAAUGAUCCAGUGGGACCACCGACAGGGGUCAAUCCUAGACUGACCAUGCACCAUACAAACACUUUACCACGGGGCUACGUCUUGCCCCCUCUUAGCAACAAUUGCAAAUCCUGAAGAUUAGGGACGUUUAAACUUCUUUUUAAAAGAGACAGGUGGAGUGAUUACAAUGAAUUAUAUUUUGAUUUUGACAUGUAUAUAAUUGCUUGUUUUAGAGUAGGUUUCACAUCCUCAGACCUCAACCCUCCCAUUCUCCCAUUCCCCCCCCCCCCCCACACCUUUGUCCUUACCAGUUACAAAAAAAUUGUUUAAAUGUCUCCAAUUUGAAUUAACUUUAAGGUUGUGUUAUUUUACUUAUUUUUCUGUCCUGAUCUCAGUUUUUGAUGGCAUGUUUUAACUUUUAUUUUAUAAACAUUUCAAAUAUGCAGGUAGCAGUUUCGUAUUCAUACCAAAUUAUUUUGUGUAUGAAAUUAUUAAUAUUGAAUCUUUUUCUUUUUUCUAAAUGCAUUUUAAUACAUUUUUUUUCUUUAUUUUUUUUUCUUCUGUAUUUACAAUAGGUCUAUUUACACAAUGUACUUAAAACAUUUUGCAAUUUUUUGUAUGUUAGAAAUUUGUAUGACAGUACACAAGUAAAAUUUUUUUAGAAGAGUAUACAAACAUUUUACAAAUAAUUUUAAACAUGUACGUAGGACCACUGGUCAUUUUAAAUGAAUUUGUUCACCAGUGAUUAGUGCUGUAGUGGAGAUUCGUCUACAUGAAAAGUGUGCUUUUUGUGAUACUGCUGAAAUCUUGUAUUGCAUUUAUUAGGAAGGUAUGUACACUGUAUGUAUCAUUGUACAUUAUGCACACUACGAUUAUGUGAAUCUUUAGCCAUUUUCAGUGUUUAAUAGGGCAGUGACAUAACCAUAAAACAGUAUUGUUUUGUAUUGUGGUAUUAUUGUUAUAUUUUUCUGAGAAGUUUCUUUUACAUUUUAGGAAAAUAUUUGUAAAAUUUUAGAUUGCAUACUUACACUGGUUUCAUAUAAACUGGUUAGUGAUUUAAUUAUUUCUGAAAUUCCUGAUUCAGGAGCAAAUGUAACAUAUCUGUUAUUUAAAAUGUGUACAAUAUGGAUAUAAUUUUUUUUUAAAUUAUUAUUAUUAAUACACCAAUCCAGCUUGUGGUAGGUGAGAAAUAUAAUUCCACAGAAUUCUUGCUAGCUACAUUUAACAAUCCUUCUGGAUACAGAAUAUAAAAAUUACAGUGGGUAGUCCUAAUACUGAAUUAACAAUAUUAAUAAUGAUGAUCAUUUGAUUUGAUUUGAUUGUGCAUCACCUUGCAGUUUGUUGUCAACAUGGUCUCGACUGAUGAAAUUAAUAGGUGAUCACCUUGAAAGGCAAAGUGGUCUCGGUGGUGCAGUGGUUAAGCCAUCAGACUACAGGCUGGUAGGUACAGGGUUUGCAAACCCAGUACCAGCUCCAACCCAGAGCGAGUUCUUAAGGGCUCAAUGGGAAGGUGCAAAGCCACUACACC